AUGCCCACCCCUAGUUCUAAGUCUUGCAAAGGCAAGAAGGAAGCGAGGGAAAACAUAAAAUAUCUCCCUUUCUUAGGCAAGCUAAAAUCGGUCCCAAGAGGGGUGUUGCUAGCACCAUUAACUCCUCUUGUGAGUCAUCAUCCUUCCAAAGAUAAGAGCUUGGUGUGGAGUCUUUGGAUGUGA